ACACAACUCUGGAGAACAGUACAGAAAGAGCGAGUCUUUGUACAAAUAACAGCCCAUAUGUAAGUGUUCUAUAUCAAGUCCCUCACAUCACCAGGAGAGAUUCUUGCUAUGUGUAGCAGUUCCCAAUGAGAAAUUUCUGACCCAUUGGUAGAAACUUGGACGGUGCUUCGCCGAAUUUCCGACAGACCGACAGCCUUGUAGUUCGAUGAGGUCGAAAUGGACGGUGCCUCGGCCAAUAUCUUCAGCAUUCCGUGUACUACAUUGCUCCCUGCGCUUCCUGGGGCCGGAGCUAUGUGUAUUCCACGCCGGGAGUUUGUCCGGCGUACCCCGUUAUCUGACUACCUUAGCGCUUACUGACUUGGGUUUUGGUACUUUGGUGCCGUUGCCUUCUUAGAUAUUCAGGCUUAUUAGGGCAUUGUUGAUCCUUGGCCCACUUCAUGCAUGAUAUGGUAAGCAUCUUUCGUUAUGUCAUCUUCAAAUAGCUCAAUAGACUGUUUGCUUAGAUACGUCAAACAGGAAGUACACACUUUGGCUCAUGAUCACCCGCCUCGUCUUUGUAAUUAUUGGGCUUGACAAGCUUGUUCCUACAGCCUUUUAUAAUUCUGCGGACACGAAGACCACCUCCCGUUCAUGAUUAUGUUCACUGCUGGUUAAAUAGUAGUGGGCGGUAUAGAGCCCUUGUCCCAAAAGUUCCAAAACACAUUUACCUCUUUUUCACCGUUCGAUAGUAUGCAAUGGGAGAGCCUGCUACUGUGCGGGAUGGUAUUCCGCACGGCCAUUUGAGAGCAUAAAAGCAGCAUGCUGCCGAAUGCGAAUUAGCUAGGUAGGAUCUCCAAUCCUGGUUUGCGACUUUCCUCUUUCAUGUUUUAACCCUUUCCAAGACACACAAUUCUGCAGUUUUUCCCUUGAAAUUCAACGGCCAUGAGUCUCACAGAAGGAAUUGACCUGUGGUCCCCUUUUACUAGCGACACUCUGCUGGAGGUUCGCACCAGCGUGAUGAAGAAGAUGCCCGGACUAGAGGUCACGUCCGGAAUCGACAAGGAUUUGAGGCAUGGUCCCAUUCACGUAUCAUAUCUCGGACUCGAUGCGGAUGAGCAUGAUCCAACUUUCCAUGGUGGACCGGAUAAGGCGAUACACGGUUAUUGCUCCUCUCACUAUUCUGGUUGGAAGGCAGAGCAUCCAAUUGCAGCGGAAAGAUUCAGACCGGGAGCUUUCGGCGAAAACUUUGUCACCAGACACAUGAAUGAGCGCAACGUUUGCAUUGGCGAUGUCAUCGCCGUUGGUGACGAAGUCGUGCUCCAAGUCAGUUUGCCACGACAACCAUGUUACAAGCUCAAUCAUCGUUUCCAGUUAAAGAACUUUGCGCCUACGACGUUCAAGUCUAGUAGGACUGGCUGGUAUUAUCGUGUUCUGAAAGAGGGAACAGUCAAGGCUGGCGACGAAAUCAGGCUCGUCGAGCGCAAAUGGCCCAAGUGGACCAUUGAGAGGGUUCAGGAGUACUUGCACCGGAACCAGACUGAUGCGGCUAUGAAUGAGGAGCUUGCAUCAAUUGAAGACAUGGGCAAAGAAAGUCGUGGCGCAUUCCAGCGACGAGUGGCCAAGGCUAAAGCUCAAGUCAAGAGGGAAAAGGGGGACCAGUGGAGAGACUUCAAGAUUAUCGAAAAGACAAGAGAAACCCCGAGAAUCUCAUCGUUUGUCCUCGAAGCCGUCAACCCGAUCGAGAACCCAGAAUAUCUCAACGAAGGGGCUCACGCAAAGCUCAAGCUGCCGAAUGGCCUCCUUCGAUCUUACUCCGUCAUCUCUGGGGACCGCAACAAGUUCGAGCUCGGCAUUGCUCUCGAGGAUAAGGGCCGUGGAGGAUCCCUCUACAUCCACAACUCUAUGUCUGCAGGCGACAUCCUUCAGGUUGGGCGAAUGACAACCGACGUAAAAGUUGCCAGCGCCUCAAGCAAUCACGUCUUCAUUGUUGGAGGUAUCGGUAUUACCGCCUUUUUGGUCCUUGCCGAGGCCUACCACGAAGUCCACUACAAUUUCGAGAUGCACUACGCCGUUCGCUCGGACGACGAUAUACCGUUUCGUUCUCGCUUGUAUGCUCUUGGGAGUAGUGUCCGAUUUUACGACCGUAGUAAAGGCGAGAGGAUGGAUAUCGCCGAGAUCAUCAGGACGCUCAAGUGGAACAGCCACGUCUACGUUUGCGGACCUACGCGAAUGACCGAUGCUGUAAGAGUAGCCGCAGAGGAGUGUGGUCUCGAUGAGGGCGAUGUACAUUACGAAGCCUUCUCUGCUGAUACAUCGGGAGACCCAUUUGAGGCAGAGGUUCUGAAUCGAGGCGGCAAGGUCCUGAAGGUGGGUGAGGAGGAGACGCUGCUGGAAGUACUUAAGCGGGAGAUCGGGGGCGAUGUGGAGAGUAGCUGCGAAGUUGGUAACUGUGGAACUUGCAAAGUUGCGCUCAAGAGCGGUCGAGUCGAUCACAGAGGCACAGCUCUAUCUGGCGACGACAAACUUGAGUCAAUGCUGAGUUGCGUGAGUCGUGGUAUUGGAAGAAUAGCCAUCGAGAUUUGA